GUUAAAUAGGGCAACAUGAUGGAAGGGAGAAUCGAAUUAUCUCAAUAAACACACCGCAUGGACGUUAGAAAGCGAAAGACUAGAUCUUCUUCUAAGUGUUCGGAGACAGUAGUCUUUCAAGUCUUUCACGGACAAGGUUAAGGUCGUUAGUUGAAUUUUGCAGGAAGAAAUCUGGGAAGGUGCAUUUAAGCGGUAAAUAUUUUCGGAGGAGAUGUCGGAAGAGCGACAAAGGUUGAGACCGUGGCUCGAAGAAAGGAUCAAUAGCGGAAAAGUACCGGGGCUGUGUUGGAGAGAUCAAGAGAAAAAGGAGUUUCGAGUCUCGUGGAAGCACGCAGGCAAACCCGACUUCGAUGUGGAGAAAGAUGCCAUGCUCUUUAAGCUGUGGGCUGAACAUACAGGGAAGUACAGACCAGGCGAGUCAGCAGAUCCCUCGACUUGGAAGACGCGCUUCAGAUGUGCUCUGCACAAGAUGCCGGACGUGGAGGAGGUUAGAAUUCCGCACAGCUUGGACGAAAAGGAGCCGUAUAGAGUCUUCAGAUUUAAAGACAAAGGUAGGCGCAAUACAUUGUUUUUAUUUUUAUCACCAGGGAUGUAAACCGUAUGAAGCGUCCGGCCAAGUGUACAGAAGUAGGAAAAUGUUACUAAAAUAUUUUGGAACUGUGACAAAACUUGAGAUUCUUUAAAAGACUUCAGCAACUGAAGUUCGUUAACUUGACAAAUGUAACCCGAUUUCAGCACUAUUUUACAAUAACUGCGUAAAGCGAUGUAGUGCCAGACAAGUGUACUUCACGCGUGAAAUAUUCAUAAAGAGAGCUACGUUAUGUUUUUUUUUUCCUUUAUCUUUUGACUACGCGAAAAACAUAGCUCUUAAAAGCUACAGUAAAGAUAAGAACUGCCAAAAAAAUUAAACCAACAGAAACUAACAUUUACCCCUUAAAAGUUUACGAUGUCAGUGUUGUGUCGCUUUUUGCUAAACAAAUUCCCGUGACAGAAAUUACAAUGGCCCCGAAGCGGAAGCCACAACUUAUUGAGACACACAAAAAACGUUUGCUUCUAAUUAUACCCCGUUCCUUUUUGUUACGAAACACAGUCUCGGCACGAGAGAAAAAAAAUAAAUCUAGAAGACCUUGAAACUAGGGAAGUAAAAGCAAGUAUUUAUAAGGGAAAGAAAAAUUCUGUCAACGCAAAAGCAAAAAAAAAUGGCAUGAGGUUUUGGGGAUUCCCGGAUCUCUUUGUAAACUCGAAGACGUAAUGUUAUCGGAAUGAUUUCCUGUUUAUACGUUUUGCAUAUUAAUUUGCCAACUGGGACAUGUUUUUACUGGUUGUAGCAGCGAACCCUUUAUUUCAUUUGAAAAUACAUUGAAUCUGUCCGUGUUGGCCACUGUUCAUGCAUAACGUCUAUUAUAUUUGCAGAGACCAUUAUCUAAUAUUUUAUGUAAUAUCCUUUACACGUGGUGUCAUACAACACUGUCCAAAAAUGACUGAUUAAUUUCUUGGAUGCAACGUCAAAUAAUUAGCAUUUUAAGAGCAGUUAUUAAAACCUGUCUCAUUUCAUAUUUACCUGUUUCGAACCUAGGUCGUCCCAGCUUACGAUGAAACGGACGGCUUAAACAAUUAGCAAAAUUAUGACACUGAAUGGCAUCUACACAGUUCGAACCAGUUGGAUUAAGUUCGCAACGAGUUUCACAAAAAUGACCGAUUAAAUAUCUUGACCAGCGUGUUCUCGGGCAUUGACAUUGCAUUAAAUAUAAUAUCCGAACUCUGCAUAUGAAGUGUCUGGAUAUCGUUUAGAUUCACUUGCCAUUUAUAACCUACAAACAUUUCUUUUUUCUUAUGAUAUCAGUUAUAUUGAUUAUAAAGGGCGAUAUCGAUAGGCUAUAAAUAAUGGACCUUGUCACGGAUUUCGACGCCAUCUUGACGAGUAGGCAAACGCUUGAGAAAUUACAGCGUUUGUAUGAGAAUCUAAUGUCGAAUAAUUUCCGUAGAACGGCUGUUCUGAAAAGAAUAUGAAUUGUAGACUAAAGCUCCACUCCUAAGGAUUCUACUUAAAAAAAAUUGAGGGUGUUACAUGCGCUAGAAGACCUAGAACCACUUUUUUAAAUUUUCUAUACAUUUGUGUGUAAGAAAUUCCCGGGAAAAGUUACAGACAAAUACAUGGAAAAGCUAAAGCAAGCCUCUGGAGAAAUUUAAGCACAGGUACGCCCCGAAAAUGUUUAAGUACAAUCCUUUGCUUUGUAGCUUUAGUUUACAAUUAAUAUUUUUUUCAGAAAAGCCGUUUCAAGGAAAUUAUUCGACAUUAGAUUCUCAUAUAAACACUGUAAUUUCUCAAAUGUUUGCCUACUCGUCAAGAUGGCGCUCGAAAACCGUGACAAGGUCAGGGGCACCCAACGACAGUUUUCGGAAAAUUAUCUGUUCGGAAGACGAUUUGAGGUCUAGAAUUUUCGGAUCAUUUUCUGAAAAAUUUCUUGCUUGCCUGCCUCUCCUAGGAUUUUCGAGCUUC